AUGGGCAAGAAAUCCAACAAGAACCAGGAGCAGGCCGUCGACCUCACCCUUGCAGGCCCCAAGGACUGCGGUGUGAUCUUCGACAGCUCGGAUGUGGUCUUGGACGAGGCAAAGAAGAUGGUCCGCCUCGACCACGUCUCCAAGCCCUGGACUCGCGAGUCCUGGGAGAAGGCUAGGCCCUUCAUCCUCGAGCAGCGUCAGAAGCUCGAGUCCAGCGGGUGGGCAGGGACUGAGUCGGCCCGCACCGAGCUCUACGUGCUCCGCCGCACUGCUCCUCAUGGCGCCUUCACCGAGGACGGCUUCAUGUACAUCAGGAUCCCAAAGAAGUUCAUCGACUUCCACCGAUCCAGCCGCCCCGCAGAGGACGACAAGACUGAGGAGCACGACGACGGCAAGCAGCGCAAGACGCUCCGCCGCCGCAAGGAGAACGCCCCUUCGUACAAGCUCGACAACGAGUUCGUCUGGAAGGUGCGCGUCGACGGUGAUGGCGACAACAGCGAGCGAGACCCCAACGUCAUCCUCGACACGCCAGAGCCGCUCGAAAACAUCUUUUACCUGGUUCAGUGUCUCUCGCCCGGCAUGGCCAGGCUUGAGUACAACCGUAAAGAUGCCAUGCAGCCCAACACUAAGCAGUCGGACCUUCGCGACGACCCAGAUGCGCCCGCCAUGCGUCACCGCGCCGUGUUUGCCGCCAGCGAAAAGAUGGUCCGCACGCUGCCCCCGGCCUUCUGGAUGAAGAAGAACGAGAUGGAGCUGCGCAAGAUCUUGGGUGCCGAGGCCUACGAGGCCACCAUGCGCGCCGCCCAGGACGAGAAGCGCUCGCACGUCCGCGACGUCAAGGGCCUCAACGAGAAGGUCUGGGAAGAGGCUCUGCCUCCACGCACCGAGGCGGAAAAGAAGGGCAAGAAGUCGAAGGCGCCGAAGGUGCCAAAGGUGGUUGCGGCAAGUGCAUGA